CCCCCGCCCCGCUCAGCCGCCCCUCUCCAAAUAAAUCAGCACCAUGACUACUUCUGGGCAUGGAACAAAGAGGAUGCUCUCCCGGGGCCCCGCGCUGCUCCUGGCGCCGCUGCUGCUCCUGUGCCGAGUGGUGGAGAGCCGAGGAGGGAUCAUGGACAGCAUCCAGAGAUUCUCAAACCUGCCAACCUAUCUCCCUGCGAGCCCUCACAUCUCCAACGCUGAUAUUUUCUUCUUCCUCAAAGAAGCCAACCAGGAUAUCAUGAGGAACUCCAGUUUGCAGUCCAGGGUGGAUUCAUUCUUUAUAUACAAAGCCAAACAGCCACCUGUCCUAAAUGCCACGUACGGACCCUUUUCUGUUGAGCAACCCGUUCCCUUGGACCUCAUGCUGACUUCUGCAUCUUUUGGUUUCACAAAUAAAUUCACUUUUAAUUGGAAAUUAAAAUCCCACAUAAUCAACAGCUCAAUCUAUUCCAACAAGCCUAAAAUACAAACCUUGUUCUAUAUUGCGGGGAAGGACUGGGACGACUACGACUCGGAGGAGAUGCUGCCUUGCGUGAAGAUGUUUGCUUUCCUGGAGUCUAGGGAAGUGGUGGCCAGCUGCAGGUUGACAGGCCACCUAGGAUUAUGUGUCGUGGAGCUGGAAUUGUCUCCCAGCUGGUUCAGCUCCCCUCCACCCCUGGUUUCAGAGGAAACUGCCUCCCUGGAAGGGAUUACUGUGGAGCUCUUCUAUAAGAUUUAUACGGCGGAUGGGGAAUGUUCUCCAGAGGAUGUGAAAUGGGAGAACAAUAUCCACACAGGUGAAGAGAACGACCACCAGGCUUUAUCAGCUAUGGAGAGGAUUGGUAGCAUCGUUGUUUACCCAAAUCAAGACAAAUUAAAGCAGUCCUCGCUGAGGGUGGAUGAAAAUAUCAUUAUUAACUUACCACUCAGCCCGGUCAGAGAGGGUGACAUUGUGACCUUCCACGUUUUCCUGGCUGAUUACUCGCUAGCAGACCAGUUUGUAUUAAGGAUCAGGACGGCCCCAGGAGUGAAGAUCUCGGACAUCAGGGUCAGUGAUGCAGACCAGUGGGGCGUGCAGGAGGAGACAGACAGCGCCAGGACCACGGCCACGCUCACCUGCGUGCACAACGACCCCGGCGCCGAGGACAGAGCAAACAUGACCUCCUACGAGAUCCUGCAGAUGGAUUUUGAGAUCGACAACGCCAGCAGCCUGGCAGGGGCCCAGCAGAUCACCUGGCAGGUGGAAUACCCACGGGACGACUCCGUCAGCGAGCUCGUGGUCUCCGAGAUCUUCGUCAGCCGCACCAUGUUUGUGGGAAUUGUUCCUCUUGCCAUGGACACGGAGAUCCUCAACACAGCCAUCCUCACGGGCAGAACGGUGUCUGUGCCAGUCAAGGUGGUGGCCGUGCAGGAGGACGGCUCCGUGGUCGACGUCUCGGACUCCGCCGAGUGCAGAUCCGCCGACGAAGACGUCGUGAAGGUUUCUGACAGCUGUGACUCCAUCUUCGUUAAUGGCAAGGAAAUGAAGAGCAAAGUGGAGACUAUUGUUAACUUCACUUACCAGCAUUUUACCACCCAGCUGGAAGUGACAGUCUGGGUCCCCAGGCUCCCUCUGCAGAUUGAGAUCUCCGACACGGAGCUCAGCCAGAUCAAAGGCUGGAGGAUUCCCGUCACCUCCAACAAAAGCUUUACAGUCUGCCUCAGCCUUCAUUGA